AUGCGCAAUGGAGACGAGCGGGGGAGGCGGGGCCGGCGUGAUGCGGCUGCCCGGGCCGCUCCCUCCUCGGAGGGAGACAUGGCGGAGGCCGCCUCCGCGGAGCCAGAGCCGGAGACUCUGAGGCUGAAGCGACUGCGCGGAGGGGGCUUCUUCGCGGUGCCGGCGGCGCACAGGCUGGGAAGAUGUCGGAGCGUGAAGGAGUUUGAGAAGCUCAAUCGGAUCGGAGAAGGGACCUACGGCAUCGUGUAUCGUGCCCGAGACACCCAGACGGAUGAGAUUGUGGCCCUGAAGAAAGUGCGGAUGGACAAAGAGAAAGAUGGAAUCCCCAUCAGCAGCUUGCGAGAGAUCACCCUCCUGCUGAAGCUGCAGCACCCCAACAUUGUGGAGCUGAAGGAGGUGGUGGUGGGGAAUCACCUCGAGAGCAUUUUCCUGGUGAUGGGUUACUGCGAGCAAGACCUCGCCAGCCUCCUGGAGAACAUGCAGGCUCCCUUCUCUGAAGCUCAGGUGAAAUGCAUCAUCCUCCAGGUGCUCAAGGGUCUUCAGUACCUGCAUGACAACUUCAUCAUCCACAGGGACCUGAAGGUGUCCAACUUGCUCAUGACUGACAAAGGCUGUGUGAAGACGGCGGACUUUGGGCUGGCUCGUGCUUACCAGGUGCCCCUGAAGCCCAUGACGCCCAAAGUGGUCACGCUCUGGUACCGAGCCCCUGAGCUGCUUCUGGGAACAACAACACAGACCACAGCCAUAGAUAUGUGGGCAGUGGGCUGCAUCCUGGCGGAGCUGCUGGCCCAUAAGCCGCUGCUGCCUGGGAGCUCAGAGAUCCAGCAGAUCGACAUGAUUGUGCAGCUGCUGGGGACGCCCAAUGAGACCAUCUGGCCGGGCUUCUCCAGGCUGCCCCUGGUGAGCCAGUACACUCUGCGGAAGCAGCCCUACAAUAACCUGAAGCACAAGUUUCCGUGGCUGUCGGAGGCCGGGCUGCGCCUCCUCAACUUCCUCUUCAUGUACGAUCCCAAGAAAAGAGCCACUGCUGGGGACUGUCUGGAGAGCUCCUACUUCAAGGAGAAGCCCUUGCCCUGUGAGCCGGAGCUCAUGCCAACCUUCCCGCACCAUCGCAACAAGCGGGCCGCCACCAGCACGGGUGCAGAGUGUGCAGGCAAGCGCAGCCGGCCCUGAUUCUGCCAGCAAUGCACGGACGGGGCGGAGAGGCUGCCAGCGGUGACGCCAGGAGCCAUUCCUGUCUUUCGGCAGACCGCGCCCCCACCCUGCUGGGCCAAGGACCAAGGGGAGCUGACUCGCCUAGACGGCGAACAGCCUCCGCAUUCCUCCCUCCCCUGCUUGGGGAGAAAGGGGGCUGUGAGCCGAGAAUAAAGUCUUUUGCCGUC